AUGGGGAUCUACUUGCUUUUCAUAGCGAUACAGGAUGCCUUGUGGAAAGGGGAAUACGUGGAUCAUGAUGUAGAGUGGCGGUCGGGGAUGACAUGUGAGAUUGCAGGGGCCAUMUCAACCMUAUCAAGUGAAGUCUCGGUGAUGAUGMUGUUUGUSYUGACAGCRAAUCGUUUCAKCACCAUCAUUUUUGACUUGAGAAGCAAACGCAUGAGYUUCAGGUCUGCUCAYUGUGUUUGUCUUCUCGUUUGGAUUUCUGGAUUUGUCAUCGCCUUCAGCCCAUUGUUUGCCACAAGCUACUUUAAAGAUSAAGCCACUGGGUUCUCAUUCUACGGACGGUCGACCGUUUGCAUUCCUUUUCAGCUUUCCUYAGAACGACCUGCAGGAUGGGAGUACUCCGUCGCCAUGUUCAUGGCCUUCAACGGUGCUGCCUUUUUAUUCAUCCUUGUUGCUUAUGUAGCAAUAUUCAUUAAAGUCCAGCGCUCCGCCAAAAGAGUCCAGUCAUCGAGAGAACCAUCGUCACUGGGGACAAGAAUUUUGUUCAUUGUCCUGACAGACUUUUGCUGCUGGAUGCCAGUCAUCGUGCUUGGUAUUCUAUCRCUUACUGGAAAGUUUAACGACCCAACAGGACAAGUGUAUGCUGUGAUUGCUGUAUUUGUUCUACCAGUGAAUUCCUCCAUCAAUCCUGUCUUAUAUACGUUUGCUACGCCACAAGCAAAGAAAUUAUACCAACAAAUGAUGCAAGGACUACGAAACAAAUUCCAGAAAGUGUCAUGGCCAUGGAAGCGAAACGGAGCACCCAACGAGAAUCCUGGCGACGGAGAUGAAGCAGACGAAAUGCAAAAUGCUCUUGAAUUAAGAGAGAUUCGGUGAACCUGUGUAAUAGCUAUUUUUCUUAAGACGUCCAACAUUUUGACUGUACCUAGCCAAGAAUAGUGGUAAGCACUGAUAUGGCGUUUAUCGAGAAAACUAUGCAACUUUACUGUCGGUGUCAUGUAGCCAAUUUAUAUAUCAAUAGAUAAUUAAAAUUGACCAAUCCAGCAGCACAAACUUAGAAUAAUUUACACUUUUCAAACGUGACUGAAGGUAGCUGUUUCGCCGAGGGAGUCGCGCUUUGCCGAAUUUUUUUGACAUUUACAA